GCCCAUUUACCGGCACCAAAGGAUGUGAUGGUUUAUUCCUAUAACUUUCGUAGUUUGCUGAGAUGGUCUCCUGUUAAAGUGGAUAGAGGCUUGGUGUUAUAUACAGUCCAUUUUAGAACAGGGGCCUUUAACAAGUGGGAUGAGAUGAACUGCACCCGUAUCACCCAGACUGAAUGCAGUUUCCCCUGGUCACUUAAGCGGCGUUGGACUGUUGUUUUGCGCGUGAGGGCUGAGCUGGGGCAAGUGACUUCUGAAUGGGUGGAAACACUUCCGUUUGUGGCAGAGAGAAACACUAUUAUAGGGCCCCCUAAAGUGAACAGCGUGAAUGUAAGCUCUGACUCACUUCUCAUUAGUGUCACACCCCCUUUUGAGUCUGAAGCAGGUGACUUUCUUGAGUAUCAUGUGUCCUACUGGGAGAAUGCAACAAGUACUACUAAAAAAGAGAAAAAGACGAGCAAUACACUAUUCAAAAUUGAAAAUCUAAAGGAAUCAACACUCUAUUGUUUUAGAAUUCAAGCAGAAUUGAUGGCACAUUCAGUUCGUCCAUUACUUGGACUGCAAAGUGUCCCAGAGUGUCACAGAACUACAAUCAGUGAGGCAACUAGAGAUCAAUAUGUUAUACUAAUAUUUGUGUCAGUGUUACUUGUUGUAAUUCUGGUAACAGCUGGUUUGUUUCUUCUGUGGAAACACCAUGAAACUUUUAAAUAUUGGUCUCAGCCACCUUUAGAAAUCCCAUCACACUUUGAAGAGUAUUUGAAGGACCCUAGCAUGCCUGGUUUAGAUAUGUUGGACAAUUAUGCCGAGGACGAUCCCCACGAUUCCUUAUCUGUUGUGUUUUAUGGAGAAGGAAGCCAAGCCUGUGGCAGCAGUUUGGAUGGUCAAGUUCAUUCACGCAGCAUCUCCAGUGAAAGUGAAGUAACUUAA